AGGGCAUUGAUUUAAGAUUCAUACCGAAUCGAUUACAAAUUUAGAUUUACCUUCAAUCAAUUCAAUAAAAAAAUUUAAAAAAAUCCACGUUUAAAAUUUCUAGUAUAUAUUAAAAUAAGAUGGCAAAUACGUUGGCCGAAGAAAAUUCCUUACUGGAGCAUACGUGCAAAUUAAAUUUUAUGGAACCAGCUUCACAUUAUCGUUUAACGGGUGUUAUCGGAACAAUAUCAAAGGCUUCUCGUUCAUCGGAUGUGCUUAAGAAAAUGAUUAAGGCUGGAAUGACUAUUGCUCGUUUAAAUUUGUCUCAUGAGACACAUGAACUUCAUGCUGAAACCAUACGAUUGCUGCGCAAUGCAGAACAAGACUGCACCAAGGAAAUGGGCUAUAUGAUUCAGGUAGCUGUAGCUUUAGACACAAAGGGCCCUGAAAUUAGAACUGGUAUUUUAGAAGGCGGACCAAAUUCACAAGUGGAAUUAAAAGUCAAUGAUAGUUUACGUUUAUCGAUAAAUCGCGAUCUUAUGGACAAGGGAAAUCGUGAAUGCAUCUAUGUGGACUACGAUAAUAUAAUCAAUGUAGUCCAACCUGGUAACUUGGUCUACAUAAAUGAUGGAUCAUUAAAGUUAAUUGUUAAAGAGGUCGGGGUAGAUUGCAUAACCUGUCAAGUUGAACGUGGCGGUAUGAUGGGCUCAAGAAAAAAAGUAAACCUUCCCGGUGUGAGCGUUGAUCUACCGGCCGUAUCCAAAAAGGAUGUCAGUGAUUUAAAAUUUGCUCUAGAAUAUAAAAUAGACAUUAUUUUUGCUUCAUCAAUGCGAAGUGCAUCAGCUGUGAAAGAGGUGCGUUCGUUGUUGGGAGAAAAAGGGAAAGAUAUUAAAAUAAUAGCAAAAAUUGAUUGCGAGCAGGGUUUACACAAUGUGGACGAAAUUAUUUCAGCUUCAGACGGUAUCAUUUUUGCUAGUGCUGAUGUUGCAAUUGAAAUGCAUUAUGCCAAAGUAUUCCUAGCACAAAAAGCAGUAAUGGCGCGUUGCAACAGAGCAGGAAAACCUAUUAUUUUAGCUACAAAACUAUUGGAGUCAAUGCGAUACUCAAAUUGUCCCACUAAAUCUGAAGUUUCUGAUUUGGGGAAUGCUAUUUUAGAUGGUGCUGAUUGUGUUAUGCUUUCUAGUGAAACUGCCAUAGGUCAAUUUCCCUCAGAAUCUAUUUCCCAUGCAUGUGACAUAACUCACGAGGCUGAACUCGCACUUUGCAAUAGACACAUGUUUGAGGAUCUUUUGCUCAGAAAUCCAGCAUGUUUAGAUGCGGCACAUGCUAUAGCUAUUGCAGCAGUCGAUGCUGCCAAAAAGUCAUCAGCCACUGCUAUUAUAUCUUUGACGGCUUCGGGGAAAUCAUCAUACUUAUUAGCUAAAUAUAGGCCUAGAUGCCCGAUUCUAGCUGUGACAAAAUGUCCAAGAACAUUUAAACAAUCUCAUCUGUAUCGAGGAGUAACUCCAAUAAUGUAUACAGGAAUUUCCAAAAAAAGUUGGUUGAACGAAAUGGAUGCUAGAGUACAAUUUAGUAUGAACGUUGCUAAUCUUAUGAAAAUUAUAAAAAGUGGUGAUUCGGUUGUGAUUCUUUCGCCGUGGAAAGAUGGUGCAGGAUUUACGAACACAAUGCGAUUAGUUUAUGCAUUUUUUGAGCAAGAAGAUUUCCGUAAUAUCAUUUAGGCAACUGACAAUGCAAAGUUCGGUUACCAUCCAUAAUCUUAGUUUGAAUGUAUAGUAUUAGUGCAUUUUACUUGCUCUGGAUAUUUUCUAUAUAUGUACAUAAUAUGAAUUUUUGUAUGACCUGUUUGGCAAUUUAUUAAAUGAAUGAAUAAAUAAAAUAGA